UUCUUUUCUGCAAGUUUGUAUAAAUACUUGGAAUCUAGAGAUAUCUUAAAAAUCAAUCCAGUCCACUUCAAAAGCAGCAAAAAAAUUUGCUUCAAAACCACUUGAUUGCCUCACCUCUCUCUCUCUCUCUCUCUCUCUCUCUCUCUCUCUCUCUCUCUCUCUCUCUCUCUCUCUCUCUCUCUCUCUCUCUCUCUCUCUCUCUCUCUCUUAGCUUGAGGUCUAAGUAUGAUUUUUCUGUAGACUUCUUUUGAAUCAUAGAUUAUCGUUGAUAUUUUCUUCUCAAAUAUUAAUGCUGAUGACUUUAUAAUCUCGCUUCCAUACCUGAAAUUUUCAGCUACAAGACAAGUAGUCACUGUUGAAAGCUAGGUGCAGAAAUACUCUAAGGCUGCAACAGUCAGAUAAAUGGGGCGCCAUUCUUGUUGUGUGAAGCAGAAGCUAAGGAAAGGAUUAUGGUCACCAGAAGAAGAUGAGAAAUUGUGCAAUUAUAUCACCAAAUUUGGUGUUGGAUCCUGGAGUUCUGUCCCUAAGCUAGCUGGCCUGCAAAGAUGUGGAAAGAGUUGCAGAUUGAGAUGGAUAAAUUACUUAAGGCCUGAUCUUAAAAGAGGAAUGGUUUCACAGGAUGAAGAGGACAGGAUCAUUAGUCUCCAUCAAGUUCUCGGAAACAGGUGGGCACAAAUUGCUGCCCAAUUACCAGGGAGAACAGAUAAUGAGAUAAAGAAUUUCUGGAAUUCGAGUUUGAAGAAGAAACUAAUAAAGCAGGGGAUUGAUCCAAAUACUCACAAGCCCCUAAGUGAGAAUCAAGUAAAGGAUGAAGAGAAUUGUAGAAAUAAGACCUCAAUGUUGCAGAUACCACAUCUUAUUGAAUUACCUUCAGCUGAAUUAGUGGACCAACCAUUUCACUUGAGUAAUAGAAGUUUUAACAGUGAGGUAAAUGGGCAAUUAACAGAAGCUUCAAAAGACCAAUUUGUAAGUAAACAGGUAUUUGAUCUUUUGUUUAUUCAUGAAUUCCAAGCCAAUGUGAAUCCGAGUGGGUAUAAUUCAGAAAUAUUAGCUCAAUACCAGCAAAAUAUGAGGCCGAAUGAUAAUCGUCAGAGAGAAUUCCAGGGAAAUCCAAAUUAUGGGUUUGGUUCAGAGACAAGUUUAACAAAAUUAAAACAUGGACAGACGACAGAAACUGAUUUUGCUAGCAGCUCAACUUCAAGAUUGAGUUCAAGUAACAGUUCAAAUAUAUGUAGCUAUCAGAAUACAGCUGGAAUUCGGAUGACAAGAAUGUUGGAAAAUAGUGAAGAUUUGUCAUGGGAAGUUGAUAACAAAAUCGAAUCUUUGUUUCAGUAUCCAUGCGUUGGGAUCAAGAAUGAAGAAUUGAAGUCAAGUCCGAGGCAAGAAAGAGAGCUCUAUGGUCACAGUUCAGGAGAUUUCAUGAGUAAUCCAUUGAGUUCCUUAACUGAAGAGUUUAGUGGGUCGACUCUAGAUGUCUUCCAGCAAAUUUAAACUGUAAACUCGAUUUGUUAUUAUCCUUUUUUUUCCCUUGCUUUCCCACUUUCUUCUUUCCUAUAUAUCAGAUAAAUAUACAAAGGUGUUAUAAACAUAGGAUCUGUAAUGAGUAUUUUCUAGUCCGUUUUAAUAGUAACUGCGCUCGUGCGGAUUGUAAGCGUGAA